AUGGCAACUCCCGGCGCGGGUUUUUGGUCCUUCGGGUCUGAAGAUGGAUCCGGAGACCCUGAGAACCCCGGUCCAGCAAAAGCUUGGUGUCAAGCUGCCCAGAAGUUUACAGGAGGCAUUUCAACCAAACUCUGUGCUUUGCUGUACGGAGAUGGGGAGAAGCCCAUGGAAACGGGGGCUGCUAAGGAGGACCCGAGCUCGGCCGCCAGGAAGGCCCCUUGCACCUGCAAUAAAAAGCCCUGCGAUUGCCAGAAAGAGGAUGUCAAUUAUGCGUUUUUACACGCAUCAGAUCUUCUGCCAGCCUCGGACGGAGAAUUAGCUACUUUGUCUUUCCUACAAGAUGUUAUGGACAUUUUGCUCCAGUACCUGGUGACAAAUUUCGACAGAUCAACCAAAGUUAUUGAUUUCCAUUACCCAAACGAGCUACUUCAGGAAUAUAAUUGGGAUUUGGCAGAUCAACCCCAGAGUUUGGAAGAAAUUCUGUCGAACUGCAGGAUCGCGCUAAAAUAUGCCAUUAAAACAGGACAUCCCAGAUAUUUCAAUCAGCUUUCAACCGGACUGGAUAUGGUUGGCUUGGCUGCAGAUUGGCUAACUUCUACAGCCAACACUAAUAUGUUCACCUAUGAAAUUGCUCCAGUGUUUGUACUUUUGGAAUAUGUCACUUUAAGGAAAAUGAGAGAAAUCAUUGGUUGGCCAGGAGGUGCUGGUGAUGGCAUAUUUUCACCUGGUGGUGCCAUAUCUAACAUGUAUGCUAUGUUGAUUGCACGUUUCAAGAUGUUCCCGGAAGUUAAAGAGAAAGGAAUGGCAGCUAUUCCAAGACUGGUUGCCUUCACAUCGGAGCAUAGUCAUUUUUCUGUGAAGAAAGGAGCAGCAGCCUUAGGAAUUGGUACUGACAGUGUGAUUUUGAUCAGGUGUGAUGACAGAGGCAAAAUGAUCCCAUCUGAUCUUGAAAGGAGAAUUGUUGAGGCAAAGCAAAAGGGAUUUGUUCCUUUCCUAGUGAGCGCCACAGCAGGAACUACAGUUUAUGGGGCAUUUGAUCCACUUAUAGCUAUUGCCGAUAUCUGUAAAAAGUACAAGGUCUGGAUGCAUGUUGAUGGAGCGUGGGGUGGCGGGCUGCUGAUGUCAAGGAAACAUAAAUGGAAAUUAAAUGGUGUUGAAAGGGCCAAUUCUGUGACAUGGAAUCCACACAAAAUGAUGGGGGUCCCGCUGCAGUGCUCUGCUCUGCUCGUUCGAGAAGAGGGCCUGAUGCAAAGCUGUAACCAAAUGCACGCUUCCUACCUCUUUCAACAAGAUAAGCACUACGACCUGUCAUAUGACACUGGAGACAAAGCCUUGCAAUGUGGGCGCCAUGUUGAUGUCUUCAAGCUAUGGCUGAUGUGGAGGGCAAAGGGCACUGUAGGAUUUGAAGCACACAUUGACAAAUGCUUGGACCUUGCAGAAUACCUGUACAACAAAAUAAAGAACAGAGAAGGCUUUGAGCUGGUGAUUGAGGGAAAGCCUCAGCACACAAACGUUUGCUUCUGGUAUGUGCCUCCCAGUUUACGAAACAUGGAGGAUAAUGAAGAAAGAAUGAACCGUCUUUCAAAGGUGGCUCCAGUUAUUAAAGCCCGAAUGAUGGAGUGUGGGACCACAAUGGUCAGCUAUCAGCCCCUGGGAGACAAGGUCAACUUUUUCCGCAUGGUUAUCUCCAACCCAGCAGCAGCUCACCAAGACAUUGAUUUUCUGAUUGAGGAAAUAGAGCGCCUUGGGCAAGAUUUAUAAUUGUGUGGUCUUCCAGACCCUUCUGAAAUGUCUCUCUAGGUAGACAAUUAAGUUGUCACAAACUGUGGUGAAUGUAUUUGUAGUUUGUUCCAAAGUGAAUCUAUUUCUAUAUUGU